AAUUUUAUCAUUGAACAUUAUCACACAGAUUCUUUUCUGUCAUCUGUUUCUAAUCGCCUAUUGGAAAUGAACGUAGUAGGUGAAUAUAUAGACUGGAUGAACAGGAUUUUUAAAACAAGCAUGGAAAGAGCAGGUAUUUAUCGAUUAGGAUGUGUUUGUAUCCCAUAUAGACCCCAGAGUCUCUUCGAUGUUCCUAAUGAGUUCAGUGAAUGGUUUAUUAUAUGUGAUCAUUGCCUACCUAAUAUUAGUUCAUUAUGGGUUAAAGUUCAUGAAAGGAAGGAAUCCUCUGCGUAUAAAUGGACUCGUUUUUGUGUAUGAUUGGAUCAUGGUAGUUAUGAAUGCCUAUAUGGUAUAUGAAUCUAUAGCAGUCGCAUUUAAUGAAAAUUAUUCAAUGUAUUGUCAGAAAAUUGAUUACAGCUCAAAUCCUAACGCUUUGAGAUUAGUUCGAGCUAUUUGGUUAUUUCAUAUAUCAAAAGUGAUAGAAUGUUUAGAUACAUUCUUUUUUAUAAUUCGUGGUCGAACACAUCUUGUCACAUGGUUACAUGUCUAUCAUCAUUGUACAAUGAUUCCGAUAACAUGGGCUGGAGUGAAAUGGGUAGCUGGGGGUGAAAUAUUUCAACCUGUCGCAGUCAACUGCAUGAUUCAUGUGAUUAUGUAUAGUUAUUAUGCAUUUGCAGCUCUUGGACCUAAAUGGCGAAAGUACUUAUGGUGGAAACGUUACCUAACAAUGCUACAAAUGAUUCAAUUUAGCUAUGGAAUGUUUUACUCUUACAUUUCGCUUUACAACCAAUGUGGUCUGAAGGAAUUUGUCUAUUACAUCAAUGCGUUUUAUCAAGCCAGUCUUCUAUUACUUUUCUAUAAUCAUUAUCACCAUGCAUAUAAUAAAUCGAAAAACCAAAGGUUGUGUAAAGCAACCGAUGACAAUUCAAUAGACAUUCAUACAAAUGGAAAUAUUAAAAAGCAUGAAUAAGAUUAAUCUAUAUUAUUUGGUUCUUUCAAUCAUUAACUGAAAAUAUCUUGAAUAUUAUAAAGAUAUAUGUAAAAUGUAUAUUUUUUACAAUGACAAAUAAAACAAGAAUGUAUACAUAAAAUUAUGAUGUAAUCUCUAAACUAGUGAAAUCAUACUUCUUUUGUUGUUUUGUUUUUUCUUCUAAAAAAGUAUUAACAUAAUACUUUUCCAUUUAUAUGAAUUAAUAUCGUUUUAAAAUUUCUAAGUGUACCAUCUCCUUGUUUAUGUGUAAUAGUAAACAUUUUGUGCAUAGACUGUAUUUCUUUUUUUAAACCAUUUUCAUAAACGUAUUCAUUUCUAAAGAAAAGUAUUGAUAAUUUGUACAUGUGUAAUGAAUUCAGGUAUGUCAAUUAUUUGUGUAUUUGUACGUUUACAUUGUGUGUAGAGAGAGAGAUCUUGAUGAUCAAGUUAGCAGUUAAAAUGUUCAAUUAUCAAAUUUUAAGUUGUAUAUUUAAAUUGUUAUGUAGUUGGGAAAACCGAGGAGUAUUUACAGCCGUAAUACACAAAAGUGAUCAAUCAAACUUAAGUAAAUGAAGGUGUCAGUGAUUUCUGGGUUAGAUAAUCAUUUUAAUUGUACAAUAAAUAAUUAUUAUUAGUAAAUUAGAUUUAAGUAACUGCCUCUCUUUAUUCAGAUAAUUUCUGUUAUUGUACUUAAUCUUCCCAAUAAAUACUUAAAUUGAGGUUAUCAAAGUUAGAUUUUACAAAAAUUAGGGCAUAUCGAUUUCUGAAAAGAUGUAAUUCGAAAUUGAAACACGGAAUUCAUCAAAGGGA